AUGCCAACUUUAUUUCUUUUGUCAAAGAACACCUCAGCAACACACAAAUAUGUCUUGAAAGACUUGUUCAAAUUCGUUCCUAGCGCAGUCAAAGAAUCGAAAUGUGACAGCAGAAAGGAGAUAAAAGAGCUUAUGAGCAUGCACGAGUGCGAUAGCCUGGUAUACUUUGAGUGUACCAAGAGAAGAAAUACUAUAUGGUUGGUGAAGUCGGGCGGUCCAUCGGUCGAGUGUGAUAUUGACGUAAUGUUUUCUAUCGAUCGUCUUAAGUUCCUGGUCAACUCGUAUUUGAAUGUUGGCCACGUUCUUCUGUUCCAGCCCGAAUUUGAGAAUGAUAGCGGACUGAAAAUACUCAAAAACGUUCUUACCACCAUUUUCAAACGUGAAGAUGAGUUUGCCGAGCGAGCAAUGUCGUUCUCGUAUGAGGACGGCAAAGUGUUUUUCAGGAAUUAUAAGUUGGAUGAUGAGAUGCAGGAAAUCGGUCCUCGAAUGGUUUUUACGAUCAGAAAGGUUUUUGACGGAGAGUUUAAUGGAAAUACGCUGUACGAAAAUAUGGAUCUGCUAAAGGAGGAGGAAGAAGCAAAAAAUAGCUCAAUCGAGAAGAAUAGUGACAGGAAUGGAAACGCACAUGUAAAGGGUGCUGAUGCCGACGCAAACAAUGAAAUGAACAGGCUUGAGAGUGCAGAAUCGCAAAAUGUCAAUAGUAACGGUAAGAUUGCAAUCAAUGAAAAUACCGGAAGUGAAACUGAAAAUACGUUAAGCAAAAAUAAGCAGAAUGGUGCCGUUAAAAGUGCUGCUGUUCCAAAUGAACAGUUUAAUGCCGCUGAAUCAACCAGCAAAUCUACAGUGCACAAUCCGUCUAAACCGGUCGGAGCUAACAAAGAGAGCUCUGCAAUAAAAAAGGCAGGAGCGAAGCGCGGUGCAGCAUCAGCAGGUAAGGAUGCUGUUAAGACCAAAACGGCCAAAUGCACCACACAAUCAAAGGCUGACAUUUCAACACCCGACCAACCAAAAUUAUCCGACACCGAGCCAGUCUUAGACAAGAACGCGAAUGCACCCACUAAGAAACGUGCUGCACCCAUUAAAAAAAGCACGAUCAAGCCCAAGCCUGCCACACCUAGGAGGGUCGCUAACAAAAGAGUGAAAAGUGCAACACCGUCUGAAAGCCAGGAGAGCAAAAUCAAAGAUUCUGCAAACAACGUAACAGACAAUGCACCAGCAGUUGUUACCAGUGAGCCAGCUCCUUCCAAUGACACAAACACCAAAGUUAAAAAGACACGUGCUGUCAAAUCAAAGGAUAAUGACCAGCGGGAAGAAAAGAAAGACAUAGAAAAAAAUAAAAACGAAAAAGAAAAUAAAAACGUCCAGCAGAAACAGAGCAAUAAAAAGGCCGUAAAGCGAGGCAGCAAGAAAUAGUAAGAGGAUUAGCAAUGGCUCCAUCAACCAUUCCCUAUUUAUUAAAAGUUUUUCCUACACA